GACGAUUUGCUGCAGCAGAAGUACGAGAAGCCUCUUCACGGUCUGAACCUGCAGGGCGUGGCGCUGACCAAUCCGGGAAGUACCUACCUGUACCUGGGCUUGGAGGGCGGCUCUGACCUCUUGGAGUACGAGUGGCAUUCGUCACACCAGGUUUUUCGCAGCUUUCACCUGCCUGGAUUCCCUCAUCAUGGAGCACUAGGCUUGCGGAGCGUCACUUUUGUUCCAACCACCGCGAGUGAUCAACAGGGCUACUUCUAUGUCGGCACAGACAUAUCGGGUGAGGUCUACAUCUACGAGGCUCCACUGCUCGUCAACGAAGGUCCCAAGGCUCCGGCAGAGUCGAUCAAGAUCUGGACGCCCCUCCAGGGCGACAAGCACGUUGCAGGGAUCGAGUACAGCGACGGGUACCUGUUCGUCAGCUAUGACGAUGGGCUUUCGUCCCAC